AGAAACCGUCGAGGGAUCGUCUCACGCUCCGGUCCCACGUUUCCCCGCUAUUCUUUUUGCGCGAUCGACAUUUUCUUAUGCGCGUCGAGAUGGGCACUAAAACGUAAAAAUGGAUUUCAACGUGCGCUACAAGUCUCCCUUUAAUAUCAGAUCCAAUUCGUGAGUGCCCUAUGCAUCCGAGACUGCGUAUUACUGGGGAACAAACCGUGAAUUCAUGUCUCUAUGCGAUUAUGCUUUGCGCACAUCUCGCAAAAGGAUGCGCACAGCGUCGCGUGAUUACGUACUCCUGUGAGCAGUGAACAGCAACGAACAACUUUGUCCAUGAAAGACGUGGCAAAACCAGGUCGUGAUAUCAUAAUGAAGAUGCCGCUAUCCUCAGGACCUGGAACGUCGUCAACGGUGGUCUCUUCCAGGUUGCCCAGUCCCAUUGGCGAAUCAUUCGAUGAAAAUCCAAACAGACUGACUACGUAUUUACAGCAGCUGGCUGGUUGCAAUGAGCUGGAAGUUGAUUGCAUCGUCAAAGAUCAUUGUUAUUCCCGACCUUGGAAUUGGAAGCCUGAAAAUGUUUACGUCAAGCCGAUGAAGAAACUUUUCUUCGUUAAGAAUCAAAAUACCCUCUCCACGGAAAAAGAAAAGGACGACGAGGAGGUAGAGAUCGAGAAAGACAUCGGCGAACCACAGGCCCCUCCGUACGACUUGACGAAGAGUCGUCACCUAAUGGACGAGUUUCAGAGGCUAGCGAAUUUUGCUCGGCCCGAAGAGAGCGACGACUGGGAGGAGAAAAUAGAGAAAACCCUGUGGUCGCCGGUGCAGAAUCGGAUUUUCACCAAGGUGGUUAGAAUAUUGACCUCCGAGAGGCUUGCCAGGUUAGCCAAGGCGAACAGCUUAAUGGAACCGAUUUUUCGACGGACAUCGGUAGAUACGGCGGCGAGAAGAUUUCGGGAAACCCUGGCAUCAGCCGGAUGGGACUGGAGGGUGACGCAGUGGUUGCACAGUCUACUCUUCGACCGUCUUCCUCAAGAGUACCUGGCCAUAUAUCUAGAUAUCCUCCAGACGCUGAGGUUGAAGAUUCCCCAGCUCGUUGACAAGAUGAUUGCGGUACAGCCGAAUAUUAAUGCAAAAGGUGGACCGAUAACCUGGGAGACCUUGGGCUCACUUCUGAAAAGAUCUUGGGAUCCCAUCGGUCCUGCGUUGAGUGCUAAUAGACCAAAAAAGUUACCGGGCAAUCCCAUUUUAAUAGUAGCUCCUUCCGGUAUCGGGAGCAGUGUUUCCUCUCGACAACACAAGUGGAUUUCUCAACUGGGCUCGCUGGGGAUGGUGGUCAAUGUGCACACCCACCUAGGCCUGGCUGCCAACAGAAUGACGAUGAUGACUUGUAUCGACCAACUGGUGCAAGCCACCAGGGCGAAGAUUCAGGAUGUCAGAGGAGAUUGUCCUGGUAGACCUAUAAUCCUCAUCGGAUUUAAUACUGGCGCUGCGCUUGCUUGCCAGGUAGCGCAGUUGGAACACGUAACCGCAGUUAUAUGCCUUGGUUUCCCUUUUUUAACGGUGGAUGGCAAGAGAGGCACUCCAGAUGAUACGCUUAUGGACAUGAGAUGUCCCGUAAUGUUUGUGAUAGGACAAAAUGCUACUCAAGUCCGAACGGACGAUUUAGAAGAACUGCGCGAGAAGAUGCAAGUGGAGACGAGUUUGGUGGUGAUCGGCACAGCCGACGAUCACCUUAGAAUAACGACGGCUAAGAAGAUAUCCGAUGGGAUCACGCAGAGCAUGGUCGACAGGUGCAUCUUGGAUGAGAUCGGAGACUUCGUUGGCAGUAUUUUGUUGCAACCUCAUCCCAUGCCUCUGCGUCCGACUGCCGUUUCGAAUUUCGAUAAUAAAACUACGAAGAAGGAGGUCAGGAAGAGGAAGAACUCCACGAGUAGUUCCGUUGAAAGCGAACCAAACUCUCCUAACGUUAAGCGGUCUCGUCCUGGUACGCCGGUUGCUUCCACAACGUCGACUGGAGCGACGACGACUUCGAUUUCCAAAGCUGGCACGAUGGCCACGCAGUCGUCCUUGGUCUCCAUUAAUGGACCCCAUGUCAAUCACGGGAACCAACCUAAGCGAAAGAACAGAUUGAUUAAUAGUCACAAAGCCAGCUUCUCCGAACACCUCAUCACUUCGAGGAUUCCUGGCCAAACCAACGCCGGAAACGGAGGAAUAACGCUGAACAUAGGGUCCCUAGCAAGUUUAUCACCCAUCGGUCCAAUUCGAUUGGCUCCUGCACCUGCAAGUCAGCUCACAUCCUCAACGGUGAAGUCUAACGGCAUCUCCAGGAGUCAGGCGACAUUAUCAAAGGUGUCCAAGCUCGUGUCUACCGAAGUGAGUCCUCAGAGCAGCACCUCGAAGAUGAAGACCAUCGUGCCAGGUAGCAAGGGCUUCGCCAAGAUGACGUCGAGUGGCUACAAACACGUCAACAUCACCGACAAGGUCGGCGAGACGAAGCUCGUCAACGUCUUGACCACUGGUGGAAGUCAAGUCAGAGUCGGUACGUCGACCUCGGCAGGUUUGCAGAGCAAGCCACCAGGGAACGCUAGUGGCACGUUCUCCACCCUCAUACAAAGAGGCAUUUGCACCAAUAGGCUCGUCAGCGGGGCCUCCCCGGGGAGACCGGGAACCGCCUCCAGUAUUCUAUUAACUCCGAACAAUUCUACCACGAAUACCGUUACGUCAGGUGCUUCUGCAACUACGACCAAAGUGCUGGACACCGUGGACACCGACAACACCAUGCCUGAUCGUCCGAGCACCAUUCAAUCCCUAGACGCCUCCAAACUCCCGUUGCACCAAUUCGUCCAGCACAUCUCCCAAGGUGCACUGUCCACCAGCAGCAAGAGCCACUCCGAGGUGUCCUGCAGCAACAUCGUAGUCCUGGCCGACAGUUCCCGCAACCCCCGGAGCAACAUCUCCUCGCUGAUGCCGCCUAGUCAGACUCCGAUCACGAUCCUCCCAUUGUCCAGCAAACUGAGGACAUCCCAAAAGCCUACAAAAUCCAUGCCGAAGAUUACAAUGAACAACAGCAGCCUGCAGAGGACGAAGCCACAGUCCCCGCCGAAGAGGAAGCCGUCGACCGACCUGGACGACGACCUGGGGAACAUCCUGGAUAUCCCCAUCAUCUUCGCCAAGGACGGGGAAAACUUGAGCAGCAUCGAGAGGGCUCCUCCUUCCCUUAUGCAGGCUCCUCCACCUCCUCUGGAGACGUUCGAAAAGAGCCUCCCCAAAGUCGGGACCAAGCUGGUCCUCAUCAGCAAUAAGCAGGACAAGGUCCAGCAGCAGUUCCCGAGGUUGCAGAACCCCAUUGCGCAGAGCAUCGUCAGGCCGAGUGGUUCCUCACAGCCCAGUCACGUUAUCCUGCAGACAAGACCACAAAACCCUGUUAUCUCAUCCGUUAGUCGUGGCAAUAUUCCCAUCCAAACCGCUCCACGUACCUCCCAGCCCACUAUCAAGUACACCAAGAUCAUCCUGGCGAAGAGGAACACUGUCAGGACCAGCUAUCAGGGGGACAGGAGUGAGCACGUCGUCCUGACGAAGACCAGUCAGCGUCUUUGUCCUCCGAAGGUCCUCGGACAGGACAAAUCGGAACACAGAUAUGCCCAGGUUGUUCCUUCCAGAGUGCAGGACUACCUCCCCGAUGAUUCCAUUGAGAUCGAAGAUGCUAUAAAGAAGAACAUUAUCGAGAGGAAAAUUGUGUCGAUACCUGAGAUCGAUUUAACUUCACCUAAGAAGGGUGUCGGAGAGGAGAGCGCUAGUAAGGUGGAUGGCGUUGAUGAUGGAUCGGGGGAUGCGAACAAUCCCCAGUUGGGGAGGUGUCUUGAAUCUAGUGAUGUGUAAGAAUGAAAUGGAUGGAUGGAAUGAUCGUUCAUGAUCUUGAAGUCAGUUCAUGGUGAGACUUUUGUAAAAGCAAGGUUUAACCUUUACUAUACCCACCUUCGCUGAUAGAUUUAACUUCACCUAAGAAGGGUGUCGGAGGAGAGCGCUAAGAAGAUGGAUGGCGUUGAUGAUGGAUCGGGGGAUGCAAACAAUCCCCAAUUAGGAAGAUUUUACCAUUAUGGUUUACCACAAUGGUUUUACCAUUACCAUAUCCAUCUUCUGUGACCGAUUUAACUUCACCUAAGAAGGGUGUCGGAGAGGAGAGUGCUAAUAAAGUGGAUGGCGUUGAUGAUGGAUCGGGGGAUGUUAACAAUCCCCAAUUAGUAAGGUUUUACCAUUAUGGUUUACCACGAUGGUUUUACCAUUACCAUAUCCAUCUUCUGUGAUCGAUUUAACUUGACCUAAGAAAGGUAUCGGAGAGGAGAGCGCUAAGAAGAUGGAUGUCGUUGAUGGUGGAUCAGGGGAUGCGAGCAAUCCCUAAUUAGCAAGGUGUCUUGAGUCGAGUGAUGUGUAAGAAUAAAAUGGUUGGGUUGGAAGAUCAUUAAUGAUCUUGCAUUUAGUCCAUGGUGAGAGUUUUAUAGAAGCAAGGUUUGACCAUUAUGGUUGGCCACAAUGGUUUUACCAUUACCACACCCAUCUUCGCCAUUGAUUUAACUCCACCUAAGAAGGGUAUCGGAGAGGAGAGCGCUACGAAGAUGGAUGUCGAUGAUGGAUCGAGGGAUGCAAACAAUCCCCAAUUGGGGAGGUGUCUUGAAUCGAGUGAUGUGUAAUAAUAAAAUGGUUGGGUGGGAUGAUUAUUAAUGAGCUUGCAUUCAGUCCUUGGUGAGACUUUUGUAGAAGCAAGGUUUUACCAUUAUGGUUUACCACAAUAGUUUUACCAUUACCAUAUCCAUCUUCUGUGAUCGAUUUAACUUCACCUAAGAAGGGUGUCGGAGAGGAGAGCGCUAAGAAGAUGGAUGUCGUUGAUGAUGGAUCGGGGGAUGCGAACAAUACCCAAUUGGGGAGGUGUCUUGAAUCGAAUAAUGUGUAAGAAUGAAAUGGAUGGGUGGAAUGAUCGUUGAUGCUCUUGAAUUCAGUUCAUGGUGAGACUUCUGUAGAAACAAGGCUUUACCGUUAUGGUUUACCACAAUGGUUUUACCAUUACCACACCCAUCUUCGCCAUUGAUUUAACUCCACCUACGAAGGGUAUCGGAAAGGAGAGCGCUAAUAAGGUGGAUAUCAUUGAUGAUGGAUCGAGUGAUGUGUAACAAUGAAAUGGAUGGGUGGGAUGAUUAUUAAUGAUCUUGAAUUCAGUUCAUGGAGAGACUUUAGUAGAAGCAAGGUUUCACCAUCAUGGACGUAUCCAUCUUCCAUCCAGAGGGUUCCUCUCGAUGCCGCUUCCCUGAUGUAGGCUCCUCCACCUUCUUAGAGCCGCACAACAAGCGUCUCCUCAAUAUUAGGACCACCAAGCUGGUCUUCAUCGGCAAUAAACAGAACAAAACCCAGCAACAAUUUCCAAAGUUAUAAAACUUAGCUGCAAAGUACAUCGCAGACCAAGUGAUUCGCCCCAGCCCUAUCACGUUAUCAUGCAGGCUAGACCACAAAAUUCAGUUAUCUCAUUCAUUUAGGUGAUGUGAAAGUGGCGCGAAAGAGUUCUU